CCACACACUGAAUCAGAGAUAACCAUGCGUACUCCCAAAUGAUCAAAUGAACAAAAUACAAUUGCAUUUAUUUCAGCUCAACACUCCAUUUAUACUAUAAAAUAAAACUAUAAACAAAAACAAGCAUCAGCAAUUUUCAUUUUCGCUUUCAGCCUCUUUUCUUCGGAAACCCUUCGUCUACACUUGUAUAUCAAACUCAUUUAAUUUAAUAUCUAGUUUUUAAUUUGGGGGGGUUUGUUUAGCUUUGGGAAAGAAGUUAUAAUUUUUAGUUAGCUUGGGUUGGAUUGUUAUUGUUUAAAGCAAGCUCAAGGAUUUGGAGGAUUGCGGCUGGAAUUUCAUAGAUCUGGUGAAACCUGGCUAUUCUGCUGCUGAUCUUAUAAAAGUUGAACAUUGAUUUCACUGCCAUCUCGCUUGUAUGCCAAGAUUAAUGAAAUAUGUAUCAACCAAAGGGCGUUCCUACCUCAAGCUUAGUUCAUAACAAUCCAUUAGUUCACAGUCAGCCAUUAGACUGUGGUGCCAGCUCAAUGGAUCCCAUCAGCUCAGGCAACAAUGCCAACAACAAUCUUAAUCUGGCCUCUAAGCAGCGGCUUCGUUGGACACAUGAGCUUCAUGAACGGUUUGUCGAUGCCGUAGCACAACUUGGUGGACCAGAUCGUGCUACACCAAAAGGUGUUCUCCGAGUUAUGGGGGUUCAGGGGCUAACAAUUUAUCAUGUCAAAAGCCAUUUACAGAAAUAUCGACUUGCCAAGUAUCUUCCAGAUUCAUCAUCUGAUGGGGGAAAAGCUGAAAAGAAGGAAUCUGGAGAUAUGCCUUCCAGUUUGGACGAUUCAUCCGGAAUGCAAAUCAAUGAAGCACUUAAGCUGCAAAUGGAGGUCCAAAAGCGUUUGCAUGAACAACUGGAGGUUCAAAGACAGCUACAGUUACGUAUAGAAGCCCAAGGGAGGUAUUUAAAGAAGAUAAUUGAAGAACAAAAACGAGUAAGUGGAGCUCUUUCGGAAGUGCCCGGUUCUGGGGUCACAGCUCCUGUAGCAGAGGACACUUGCCCAGAAUCAGAUAGCAAAGUUCAUCCAGCAACCCCUGCUCCAACAUCCGAGCCUCCCCAUCUGGACAGGCCUCCCAAAGAACGUGCAAAAGCCAAGAGUCUUUCUCUAGACGAAUCUUUCUCAUCCCAUCAGGAGCCUCUGACCCCUGAUUCCGGUUGUCAUGUGAACUCAUCAAUUGAUAGCCUUCGCGAUAAACCUGGAAAAAAGCAAAGAAUGAGUACAGAUGCAGCAUUCAGUAAACAAGAGAUGGUGCGUCCCCAUUUGAUAAUGGAGUCGAGCUUGAGUCCAUGUUACCAGCAGCCACAUUCAGUUUUCCUGACCGGAGAGCAGUUUGAUCGUUCAUCAGGAAUGUCAGUCGCCAAUGAACUGCUGGGAAAAGUUUCGGGUGGCAAUAUAUGAUCCAUAGCAGUCCAGUGGCAUUUCUGGGCUAUAUAGAGUUUCUGAAAUUCGCUUCUUUCCCAUAGAUCAGAAGUGUACCAGUGUCUAGAUAUGAGAAUAUUGUGGGUAUUUCUGGAUUUGCUCGAACUCUCCAUUUGUAACUGUGAGGACUAAGUUGCUAUAUAGUGAUUUCGACACUAAAAAUCUGGUAGUUUGAUGCAUUUGGUUGGGAUUGUCAUUGGAAAUUUUAUGCCUCA